AUCUGCUAGCCGAUGAGCAGCCGGAUGACCAGGGCGGGCAGCAAGAGGACGAUGAUCGUGAUAAGGGCGACAAAUUUGGUUUCGAAGACGGCGAAGGCGACAAGGAUGCGUCGCAUAAGAUUGAAAGUGAAGAUCAGCUGGAUGAUGCGCGAAAACCAGGCGAAGAGAAAGACAAUGAUCCACUAGAAGAGAAAGAUAACAAAGAAGAGAAGGGUAUCGAGAUGAGUGAGGACUUUGAGUCCAAGCUCCAGGACAUGGAGAAGCCGGACGGAUCGGACGAAGAAAAUGAGGAAAAUGAAAAGGAUAAGGAAAAUAUCGAUAAGCAGAUGGGCGAGACGGAGGAAGGGGCCGAAAAACUGGACGAUCAAAUUUGGGGUGACGACGAGGUGGAGCAACCGGAGGAAGAGAGCAUGGAGGAGGAGGAGGAUGGUACAGGUUCGAAUGAGAAAGACGAGCGGCACAACGAUCUGAAGGGUGCAGAAAAAGAGCAGAAGACCGGCGAGGAGGACCAAGAACAAGACGGUACGGAUGCCAUCGAACAAUCGGAGGGUACCGACGAUAAGAAGAAGCAAAAACCGAAAGACGUGAACGAUAUGAACAACCAAGACGGAGAGGAAGAAGAGGAGCAGCAGAAUCCGUAUCACAACGAGCUGGAAGAACCGCCGCAACCGGAAGAGUUGGAUAUGGAUGCAGAAUUCAAUUUGGAUGGUGAUAAGGACCGGCAAGAUGAGGAAGGAAAGGAACAGGAAAAUCCCUUCGAUAUCGACACCAUGAAAGAUCAGGUAGAUGAAAGUGAAGAGAAAGAGGAAGAUGGUGGUGAUGGUGAGGACGAAACGGAAGGUGAUGAGCAAAGUAAGAAAGAUCAGCAGGAGAAUGGAGCGGAUUCUUCGGACGAAGAAGAGCCCGAUGGAACGGAAAAGAUGGCCGAUGAACCAGAACCGGAACCAACCGAAGAUGAAGCGACGGAUCCGUUACAACCGCCAGUGCCUGAUGAGGAACCGAAGCAGGACGAAGAGAAUCCUGCCGGGGAUGGACGUGAGGAUGAAAAGAAGGAGGAUGAGUCGCAGGACCAACCGAAGGCCGAUAAGAAGGACGACGAACACCGGGAAGCGCACGACAAACGAACGGAAGAGGAUCGAGUCGAGGCCAUGCCAGAUGCGGAAAAUAAGGGAACCAGCGAUCAGGUGGCCAACGAUAAACCGGAAGCCCAGCAGGAGCACGAGCUAGAUGAGCAAGAUACGGGAGAGGACAAAGAUGGUACCGGGCAGGCGGAGAAUGAGCAAUCCGAUACGGGGCACCGGGGUAUUGCGGAAUCGAGGGAAACCCGAACACGAAAAGAAGAGCAACAACAACAGCAGCAGCAGCGACAGCAACAGCGCCACAAGCAGGGUAAUACGGAUGAGGAUCGUUCGCUGGGAGAUCCAGAUAAGGCAGAGCAGAAACGACUGAAGACGGUCGAACAGCUUAAUCGCGAGAAUCGCAAGGACAGUGAAAGGCAAGAAGAUGAAGCAGAAGAGGACACCACACAGGAUGAGUUCCAGCAUGUGAAAGAUGCCAAGGACACGGACAAAACCACGAUGGACAAUGCAACCGAGGAGCAGUCAAAGCAGGUGCAGCAUCAAGAGAAGGAGAAGAACGAAGACGAUCCCAAUCCGGACGAAGAGGCAGAGUGUGCCGAUCAGCUGAUGGAGCAAGACGAACCGGAUCAGCCUCUGGAGGAGCAGCAGGACAUUCUGGAGAGUGAAAAGAACGAGAAUCACAAAGAUAAACCAUCGAAGAAAGAUGAAAGGGCGGCAAAGGAGAAAAUGGAAACGGUGGAAAAUGUGGAAAUCGAAGGUGAAACCGUGCCAACGGCGACGGUCGCACGGAGUGACGAUACCGUAGCUCACACCAUCUUCGAAAUACUGCACGACGUAACACUCCCGGAUGAACCGAGUACGUCCGAAUCGCUGGAAAUGCGCAAAAUGGUCGAAUCGGAGAUGCAAAAGUCGAUCCUCAUGGAGGCUGGUCAGGGCGGUGAUCAUGAAGCGUUCGAGCAGUGGCAACAGAUCUCUCACAAGAUGCUCCCGAGUGCGCGCGAUCUUUGCGAGCAGCUGCGCCUGAUCCUGGAACCAACGAAGUGCACCCGGUUGAAGGGUGACUAUCGUACGGGACGGCGUAUCAACAUGAAGAAGAUCAUCCCGUACAUUGCGUCGCAGUUCCGCAAGGAUAAAAUCUGGUUGCGGCGUACGAAGGCGGCCCAGCGAGACUACAAGAUUACGAUAGCGAUCGAUGAUUCCAAGUCGAUGGAUCACAACAACUCGAAGGAUCUGACCCUGCAGGCGAUAUCGCUCGUAUCGCAGGCGCUCACGCUGCUCGAGAGUGGCCGGCUGAACGUGAUGUCGUUUGGAGAGAAGCCACGUAUCCUGCUCAAGCACACCGAUCAGUUCGAUGGACCAAAGUUGAUCGGAGCGCUUAACUUUGAACAGAACCAGAGUCGCAUCGCGGAGCUGCUAAAGUUUGUGCGGACGUUCAGUGCGGAAGAUUCGGCGUCGGGCGACAACGGUAUAUUCGAGCAUCUGCUGAUUGUGCUGAGCGAUGGCCGGAACAUCUACAGUGAGGGCGAGAAGCUGGUGAAGGAUGCCGUUAAACUGGCGCGGCUUCAGCGCAUCUUUAUCGUGUAUAUUAUCAUCGAUAAUCCUGAUAAUAAGCAUUCAAUUAUGGAUGUGCGAGUGCCAUUGUUCACAGCCGAUCGGUCGGAGAUCAUAAUGCAGUCCUACCUGGAUGUGUUUCCGUUCCCGUACUAUGUGAUAGUGCGCGAUCUGGGCCAGCUGCCGGUGGUAUUAAGUGAUGCGAUGCGGCAAUGGUUCGAAUUAGUGAACAGUGAGCAGUAGAACUAGGGGUUGGUGUAAGAUAAGGGUUACCAGGGAAUAUGAUAAGUUGUAAAGCCUUGGAAAGGUUCCAAAAAGUUUAUAAUAAAAUAUAUUGUACUAA